AAUUGAAGAAAAUGUGAUGGAAUUGAAAAGGGACGAAGAGUGAAUGAGAGAGAGAGAGUAUUGUUAGACGACAUUGGAAAGGAAACGUUGGGCCUCUAUGACUAGUUCUCAAGAGUUGGAAGACGGAGAGUUGCAAGAAAAUUCUCCUCUACCAUUCACCCUUAUAGAACAACAACCAACCUAUAACCCUCUCGUCGACACAGCAACCCACAAGUUUGCGGUCCCUCCUUACUACCUCCAGCGAACCAACCAUAUCAAAGACACUAACCAAGAGCAACCAAAAAGAAUUCGUGAGAACCAACAUGGAUUGCCUGAGGAAUCAGUGGGUAGUGCUCAACAAGUUGGUUUCGUUACAGAGUGGAACCCCAGGCCGGUAGACCUUCAAGAAACACAAGAAAGACAAUAUGAGAAGUAUGUGGACUCAUAUCAAGUGAUACAAGUAAUUUCUUCUCUCAUUGCUCAAGGGUUUCCUGUACCUUCGGAUUGGUUACAAAAUCCUCAAAUAUAUCAGUGGUUGGUGGAAUGGAUAAAACAAAGUACACAGAAGCCUUUUUUGAAUAGUUUGUCAACUGAACAAAGUCAACUCAGCGGAGAUAAUUCUUUCAAUGUUGUUACAACACCUCCUUUCAAUCGCUCUAUACAGAAAAAUGCCAAAGAAAGGAAUCCACCACAACGAGUAUCAUCUCCGGGUACUUUUAUAAAAACUCGAAAAGGGAAAAUGAGAAACUUCAAAUCUAUGCCUCAAAAACAUAACAACUCUUCAAAGAAUAUGAAGUAUCAUAGAAAGCAACAACGAAAUGAAGUCCACGAGAAUAUCAAUUCAAGUCAUGAAGAAACAACUUGCAAGGAAAGUAACUUGAGGGUACAAAAUGAUACAAAAUAUUCGAUGAUAGAACAACAAAAGGAAUUGAAUGAAACUAGCCAAGAACAAAAGAAGAAUCCAUUAUCCGUGGAACAGUUGAGGAUUCAGGCAAAGAUGUCUUUGAAAAGAAAAGCUUCCAUAGAAAACAAAGAUAUAGAGAAGACUGCAUGUCAUCAGGAUGACAAUAUUGAAAACGAACGAGACAAACCCUCUUUAAAAGUGAAAGAAAGCACUCUUUCCAAUUCUAAUCAUCCUGAGAAUCAUUCUUCUUCUUUGGUUAUUACAGUGGAGAGUAGUAGUAGUAGUAGUAGUAGUAAUAAUGCAUCAACCGAACAAGUUCAAAACAAAAAUAACCAAAAGAAUGCACUCGUAAGUGGAACAAGUCAAUCCAAGUGGAGUACUUUGGAAGAACUGAGAAGAAGAGUUCAAGAAUUGGAACAACGAAAGAAGCAAUACUUACAAAGAGGAAUCUCUUGGACAAAAGACAAAAGACCUAAAAUAACUGAUUCCAAUACACAGAAACAGGGAAAUAUAGCAGAUUCAUUGGACGACAAGUCAAAAGCAAGUCACUAUUGGCAGACUUUUGCUCCUUCGCAACCACAAUUAUCUUCUUUGGAAGCUCAAGGGACUGAAGAAAAACAAUCCGGUUCAAAAGGAAAUCACUCUUCAACUAUGAAAAGGUUAUCGUCACCCAAACAUGUGUCUUUUGAUGAUUCUGAUACAGAUGAAACGAAAGCUUGGAUAGAAAGGUUAGAAAGGGAAGCUUGUAAAGCUUGGGAUGAACAUGAUAAAAGCAUAACGGAAGAGAUUGAAGCACGCAACAAAUUGAUUCGUAUACGUACUUGUGAGGAAGCUGCUCGUGAAAGUACCAAACUAUUAAGAGAACUAUUGAAAAAGUCACGUUUGGAUAUUCAACAAUAUGAAAGUCAAUCACGCUCCAUAGAAAGACAGAUUGAACAGAUUGAAGCAAGACGUAAAUUGGCACUUGCUAUGGCAGAGAAAAAUCAGCGUAAAUUGGAAAGACUGCGUCGUUUGGUAGCUAUGGAGUCUCUUAUUAGUAAAGAAACCGAACCAUUAUUAUUGUUACUUCCAUCGAACAAAACCAAUUCAAAUAUUCACAGCAAGGAAAUAGACUCUUCGAAUACUUGUAUGCCGAAAUCUUUUCCCGAGUUGUGGUCUCCUUCUCCAUGGACAACUGGAGCACUGAGGCCUUUGAUGAGUACCUUUCGAUGUUAUCCAUUGCUUCAUUUCGUGCACGAUUAUUCUCAACUAUUGACUUGGUAUAACGAACUCCAUUGGGAAACUGAAUUGUGUCGUUAUGAGCUUCAUGGCAGUUGCAGUGAUCCGGAUUGUAAGUUUCAACAUUGGACUGGAUACGCUUCCAUAAAGUAUCUGUUCAAGAAAUUGGAAAAGAGUUUUUCCACCUUGUUUUGGUUGAGACAUGGAACAAGUCCCAAUGAGAAGCUUUUACAACUUUUCCAUUCCCAAUUGGAAUCGUUAUCAACAACUGUGUCUUUCUCAUCGAAGGAAAGUACGAUUCAUUGGUUUCAAGGACCCGUACAAAAAGUGGUUUGUGAAUUGUUGAAUAAGAAAAAUAUGUCGAGUUUAGAUGAUAUUUAUCAUACUGCAUUAUUUAUUCCUUUGAAGGAAGAGAAUGACCACGAUGAUAUUGACUUAUCUUUAAGUCAUCAAUCUAUCCUAUCGAUGGUGGGUCUUGGAGAAGAAGAAAAGGAACCUUUUAAAGUUAUAGAUUCUUUGGUUACCCAAGCCAAGUCACUUUAUGAUAACAAACAGAUUCAACAAGCUAUGGAGACUUUGGCAAGAGGAUUGGAACGUUUUCCUUAUUCAUCUCUUCUUUGGGAAUUUUAUUUUACUCUGUUUAUCACACAUAGUUGUACUAAGAAUAGGGAAACCUUAUUAGAACAAGCCAAUCGAUAUNAGUAACAAAGGGAGUCGAUAUUAUGAUA